AUGUCGUUACGGAAUUCAUUUCCAAGAAUCAACGCUAAUUCCAUCAUUCCCUCUUCCUCGAUUAAUAAUGAUAAAGUAUUUCGACCUGAUUUGAAUAUAAAACUUGCCUGUUCACAAUGCAACAAUCAAAGACCAAAAAUAAUUGAGGAAUACACGUCAGGAGACUUAGUGUGUGGUGAUUGUGGACUAGUUCUUGAAGAUCGUAUAAUUGACACAAGUUCAGAAUGGCGUAACUUUGCUAAUAAUGACGAAGGUAAUAAUGAUCCAUCAAGAGUUGGAGCCCUCGUAUUUGAUGGCGAACAACUAGAUGCUACUAUUAUUUCGAAAACAAACAGUUAUACCAGUUCUAGUAAAUUUGCUAGUGAUGAUCAAUCUUUUUCUAGAAAAACUAAUUUAAGUAAAAUUCAAGCUAACAUGAAUAAAGAUAGUUUGAGACAGCCGUUCAAAGAAAUUGAUUCAAUGUGUAGUUUACUAGAUUUGAAAAAAGAUGUGUCAGAUACAUCAAAACAACUUUACAAAAGAAUAGUAGACGAGAAGCUAUUUAGAUCAAGAAAGGAUAAAAAUUAUGUAUUCGCUACAUGCAUCUACAUUGCCUGUCGAAUCAAAAAAGUUGGUAGAACCAUGCUUGAAAUCAGUUCAGCUACACAAGUACUAAAAACCGAGAUUGUUAAAUGUUUCAGUGUGUUGACGAAAACAUUUGAAUUGAAUUUGGGUGUUAUGACAUCUGAAGAUUUAAUAACAAGAUUUUGUAAUCGUUUACAAUUGUCGCCGGAAAUUACAAAAAUCUCAUUGGACGUUAGUAAACAAGCUGAAUCAUUGGGUCAUUUUACAGGUCGAACCCAAACCACAAUUGCUGCUGGAUGUAUAUAUUUUGUUUGUAGGCUUAAAAAUGAACACGACGUUAAUAAUAAUACCAACAAUAUAAAUGAGAUUGCUAAAGUUGCUGGAGUUGGUGCAUCUUCUAUCAAAUUUAUCCAACGUGAAUUUGGUAGAGCCAAGAGAUUUUAUCAAGAAAACAAUCAAACUACUGCAAAUACAACUCCAAAUGCAGCUCCAAGGAAAAGACCACCAAAUAAAUAA